UCACCGGCCCUGCGUCAUCACCUGAGGCCGAAGCAGCCGCAGCAGAGGCGAGUGCGUCGAUACCCAGGUACUUGCAGCGUGUUGCUUGGCUGCGAUUGGCUGUGCUUGUGGUUACCAUGGCGUCUCCCGGGGGACAAGGCGCCGGAGCGCUGUCCACGCGAGGAGGGGCAGGGGCCAGGAGGAUGAAGUGGGCUCUGGAGCUGAGCUUAGGCGGUUCCAGGAGCCGGGGGGACAGACAGAGUAACCAGGGCGACGGUCUGUACCCUGUGGGAUAUUCGGACAAGCCCGUCCCAGACACCAGCGUGCAGGAGACGGACAGGAACCUGGUGGAGAAGAGGUGCUGGGACGUAGCGCUGGGCCCACUGAAGCAGAUCCCCAUGAAUCUGUUCAUCAUGUACAUGUCUGGGAACACCAUCUCCAUCUUCCCCAUCAUGAUGGUGUGUAUGAUGGCCUGGAGGCCCAUCCAGGCCCUGAUGUCCAUGUCUGCCACCUUUAAACUGCUGGAGAGCUCCAGUCAGCAGUGGCUUCAAGGGCUGGUCUAUCUCAUCGGCAACCUCCUGGGCUCAGCAUUGGCUAUCUACAAGUGCCAAUCAAUGGGGCUGCUACCCACACACUCCUCUGAUUGGCUGGCCUUCAUUGAACCUGCUCAGAGGGUGGAAAUCAUGGGCGGAGGGAUGAUCCUGUGAGGCAGAGGAGUGACAUCACGCCAUGUGGCUCCGCCCCCUCUCCCCCUUCCGCCAGCACACGCUGCUCUCCUGCCAUGUUGGACUGAAACGGACUUUAGCUGAAAACUCUCUCUUUCUCUUUCUAAAUAAAGUUAUCUUUUAUCCGGUGUUUG